AUGGCCAAGAUAAGAAUCAAUAAAAAUUCACUUCAAGUUGAAGUUAAGGAGGUUUACGCUGAGAGGUUAAUGGAAAUCGAUAAUCUUGGCUAUGAUGACGACCUCACUACAGUGGCAACUUUAACUGUAACAGUGACAUUGGUUAUAGGUGGCAAUAGGGUCUCUAAAGAAAACAAUCAUGGUUCUAACUCAACAGUCCUUGUUGAAAUAGAAAAGGGAGAUGUAGCUGCAGGUGAAUCUUCUAAUCUAGAGGGUGAUGAAUUAGAAAAGACAACAAAAUUUGUGGCAUCAAAUGAAACACACAACACUAACACUGAAAUGAGUGAAACAAAAGAUACUCAGAAUAUUUCUUAUGUGAAGGAGAAGACUGAUGCUACGAAGAUUGGAUUCAAGGGUGAUACACAAACAGAUGAAACAUCAGACUCAUCCUCUGGCAUAGGACCAAUACAUGCAUAA